AUGGCGAAGCUGCCCAGCCACGGGCCAGCUAGCUCCGUGGAUGAGUUCUUCUUGUGCCCAGGCAUCGUCAAGGGAUACAGGCACGUCUCGAACAAAUGGGACUGCGUCCUAAGUAGCCUGACGCUGAGCAAUGAGCUGGUGAAUAUCUGGAGUCACGGCAUAGCGGCGGUGUAUUAUAUGUACGUGGUCUACACACUGUUGACGCAUGCAUGGAUGCUGGAUGCGCUUGAGCAGCAUUUUCCACUGAUAGCCCAGCAGUUUGGUGUGUUUGUGGCAAUGCUGGGCAGCACACUGGCACACAUGUUCCACAGCGAAUCGCGAUGGCACCACGUUGCUUGGUUCAUGGUCGACUACCUGGGCAUUGGGUUCUACUGCCUGACGUCGGCCAUAGCUCACUACGCUUACAGCCGACCACUGGAUGAAAACAGCGGACCGAUAUCAUUGUUCAGCACAAAUGCAUACUUGACAAUUGCUCUGUUAGGGCACACGUGUGUGCUUGUGUCUCAGUGCUAUUUGAGAUGCCGAUUGCUGCAGCAAACCUCUCGACUCUACAUACUGGUGACAGGCUACGCCGUAGCGUACAUUAUCAACUUCCUGCCCUUCCUCAGUCGUUACUACAGCGCUCAGGAGCACCUGUCGUCGGAUCCGUUCCACUGGGGACAGUUCCAGUGGAGUCUGGCAAGUGCCCUGGUGAUGACAACUCAAGUGCCGGAGCGGUUUGCGCCGGAGACUUUCUAUUCGCUGAACGGGCACUCCAUGAUGCACAUGCUGCUGCUUGUGAGCUUCUAUCACCAGAGCACUGCACUGAGAAUGGACGUCGAGCGAUGGUCAUCGUUUCCCAGCGGGCAUCAGCCCUGCGUGCCUGGAGUGUGCCUGGUGUUGUUUUUAUACAGCCUGGUGGGUAUCUUGUUGACGUACUAUUUUGCCUACGUCGGUCAGCCGGCGGCACACCAGAGUAGUUGUACUAGUAAUGGCAGGACGGCGAAGACACAUCAUGACUAA